GGGCUCAUCAUCCCCAACUUGCUCCCUAGGCGGGGUAUCCUGCGGUACUCUACUGUUACUCGGCAUCCGAUCUAUAUUGUUCUGCGUUUGGUAGCUUUGUCUACCCAGGGAGUCUCUAGAAGGAGCGUGAAAGCGAGAGGACUCUUUUCAAUCCAUCGAGCACCCCAAUUUUCGGCUCUUCGAAUUUAAAUCUACUGAUCGCUCUAAAAAUGGGUCGAAUGAAUGUGCUGGUGUACUCCGGUACAGGAACAACGGUUGAGUCAGUGAGACAUUGUCUCUACUCCCUCCGCAGACUUCUGUCACCCCACUACGCCGUCAUCCCAGCAGCGGCCGACACGCUUCUCAAAGAGCCGUGGGAAACAUCUUGUGCACUCCUCAUUAUACCCGGCGGUGCAGACCUCGGGUACUGUCGAGUUCUUAAUGGCGAGGGAAAUAGGAGGAUAGCCCAAUUCGUUCGUAAGGGUGGGGCAUUCAUUGGGUUUUGUGCUGGGGGUUACUACGGGUGCAAGAUGGUGGAGUUUGAGGUCGGAAAUGGAAAGAUGGAAGUUGUGGGCAGUAGAGAGCUCCAGUUCUUCCCGGGGGCUUGCAGAGGCGCUGCAUUUGCCGGGUUUCAGUAUGCAAGUGAGAAGGGAGCUAGGGCUCCUAAGAUCAAGGUUGAAAAGGAAGCUCUUGGAGAUAGCGAAUUGGAGGGGUUUAACUCCUACUACAAUGGUGGAGGAUUGUUUGUUGAUGCGGAUAAGUAUGCCGAUGGAGGUGUCGAGGUUCUUGCACGCUUUGAAGAGAAAGAGAAGUUAAGCGUGGAGGGUGGGGAUGCUGCGGUGGUAUAUUGCAAAAUUGGUAAUGGGGGUGCUAUUCUAACUGGUCCACACCCUGAAUUUGCUGCUGUAAAUCUGGACAGGAGCGCCGGGGACAGCGAGUACCGCGAGAGAAUAGAGCUGAUAGAGCAAACUGACACACAGCGUGAAGCCUUCUUGAGGGCUUGUCUAAUAAAGUUGGGACUUAGUGCUUCAGACGAGGCUGGUGCCAUCCCAACUUUAUCGCUACUCCACCUCUCCUCCACAAACCCAGCAGAUGUCGGACAUCUAGCAGAUAGAUUGAAGGAAAUAUCGGUCGUCGGCGGAGAAAAGCAAAAGAUAGUUGGAGAGAACGACACCUUUAUCCUAAAAAGAAACCCAGAGGCAUUCUCUGUAGAGAAACAUGUACGAAUUCAUGAUUCAGGGCAUCCAUCUGUUAAAGAAACGCCAUACUUUGAUCAUACCGCCUAUUUCAAGCAUCUCGAGCGUUACAGAUCUCAAUCUCGUUCUUCCCCCGAAAUUUUCGGCUCCUUCCUUCUUUAUGGAGAAGUUGUUACUAGUACGAAUACCAUGCUGGACAAAAAUUUCGAGCUCCUCCAACGCCUCCCGAGCGGCUUAACAGCGGUGGCUACGCUCCAAGUUGCCGGACGGGGCCGCGGAUCCAAUAUCUGGGUAUCCCCCAUGGGAGCACUCGUAUUCUCAACCUGCAUCCGGCACCCCAGAGAACUAAGUGUCCAAGCACCAGUAGUCUUCGUCCAAUACUUAGUCGCCCUCGCCAUCGUCGAAGCAAUCAAGACCUACGAUAUAGGUUUCGGCGACAUGCCAAUCCGCCUUAAAUGGCCCAAUGACAUCUACGCCUCGAAUCCCAAAAACGAAAACGAGUUCCUCAAGAUAGCUGGCAUUCUAGUGAACUCUAGCUACGCCAACAACCAAUUCCUCCUAGUCGUCGGUUGCGGCAUAAACACAACAAACAAUGCUCCCACAACCUCCCUAAACCACAUAUUAGACAAGCUCAACAGAACCCGCAAGUCCAAGGGCCUAUCCCGCCUACCGGCCUUCGAGCAGGAGCGCCUCCUGGCCAAGAUCCUGGUCGUCUUCGAGGAGAUGUACUACCAGUUCUGCCGUAGUGGGUUUGCUCCGUUCGAGGAUCUAUAUUACAAGCAUUGGCUGCAUAGUGGGCAGGUUGUUCGAUUGGAGAUGGAGGGGGGAAGGAAGGCUAGGAUUCGUGGGAUUACUACGGAUUAUGGGCUUUUGACGGCGGAUGAGUUGGAUGAGAGCGGUAGGGUCACAGGACGGUCAUUUACGCUGCAGAGUGACAACAAUAGUUUUGACUUUUUUAGGGGCUUGUUGAGGAGGAAGACAUGAUUUGUGUUGUGGACCUUAGUCUAUAUAUGUGAGAUGGAACGUUUUACCUGUAGGGAGAA